CGCGACAGCUGAACGACCUGCACGACCUCAAGCUCGGCAUGGCGGCCUGCCACAGCCUCACCUUACUCAACGGGGAGCUAGCCGGGGACCCGCUGGACCUUAAGAUGUUCGAAUCGACCGGUUGGACGUUGGAGGAGCCCGCGGUGCCCGAAACUACCAACUACGAACUGUUGACACCAACUAUUGUACGACCGUCUAGAACUGCUAAUAUCAAUGUUGAUGAUGUGCAUCUGCCUCUAGAAGUGGGAAUAGUGCAGCAACACCAAUUCGUGUCGUCCCUCCAACGUGCUUCGGUAGUAGCCAGAAUAUUGGGCGAAGAUGUCCUCAGGGUGUACUGCAAGGGCGCGCCCGAGAUGAUCCGGACGCUCUCCAAGAAAGAAACAGUACCCGAAGACCUGGAUGAGAUCCUCCAUUUCUACGCGGAAAAAGGGUACCGCGUGAUCGCAGUAGGCACGCGCAUGCUCGAGAAAACACACAGGGAGCUGCAGAAGAUGACCAGAGAUGAGGUAGAAUGCGAGCUGGAAUUUCUCGGCCUGGUCAUAAUGGAGAACCGUUUGAAGCCGGCCACAACCCCCAUCAUCCGUGAGCUCAAAGAGGCCAACAUACUGGUCGUCAUGAUUACUGGGGAUAACAUCCACACAGCUGUGAGCGUGGCCAAAGAAUGCGGCAUUUUAGCUCCGGGGGAGCGCGUGGUCCAUCUCUGCGUCGAGAGCAGCGGUCUCGUUCCUGUCGUCUGCUGCGAGAGCUCCAGGCAUGGGGCCCCUAUAGGAAGACGAACUGCGCUAACUAGAUCCUGGCGCUCCGUGGACAGCGGCCGUGGCUCCUCCCGUAGCGCCCUGACUGACUCAGAAGCCCCGGCUGAAGACCCUAACUACAAGGUUGUCAUGAAUGGAGACACGUGGAAGGUGUUACGCGAGCACUACCCGCAGCAGGUGGCGCGCGUGAUCGAGCGCGGCGCCGUGUUCGCGCGCAUGACCUCCGACCAGAAACAACAACUCGUCACCGAGUAUCAGGCGCUGGGGUACUACGUCGGUAUGUGCGGCGACGGCGCCAACGACUGCGGAGCCCUGCGCGCCGCGCACACCGGCGUGUCGCUCUCCGAGCUCGAGUCCAGCGUCGCCGCGCCCUUCACCUCCGCCGACCCCGACAUCGUGUGCGUGGCGCGCGUGCUGCGCGAGGGCCGCGCCGCCCUCACCACCAGCUUCGGCGUCUUCAACUUCAUGGUAGCAUACUCCCUUACAGAAUUCUUCUCGGUUGCGUUUCUUUAUUAUUUCGACUCGAAUUUAACUGACUUCCAAUUCCUAUACAUAGAUGUCGCUAUGAUUGUCAAUUUCGCGUUCUUUUUCGGCAUGACCGAGGCUUAUCGAGGUAAACUUUGUAAAAUACCACCAUUGACGUCUCUCCUCGGAUUGGUACCUCUGGUAUCCUUGAUCGGCCAGAUGAUUCUGAUUGGUGUUGCGCAGUAUUUCAGUUAUUUCGCUUUGACGCUCUUCCCGUGGUAUGAGAGGCAUUUAUAUGAGGGUGAUGAGGCUAAUGAGUGUUGGGAGAAUUAUGCGAUUUUUACAGUUUCGAUGUUCCAGUAUAUAGUUAUGCCUAUAGUGUUUUCACACGGUGCGCCGUAUAGAAGAUCUGUAGUCACUAAUAAACACCUAAUGAUCAGUAUAAUCAUCAUGACCGCUGUAUCUAUUUACAUAACGGUUGCGCCGGCGAAAUUCUUAGCGGAAUUUCUCCAACUAAAAAUGCCGAAUGAUAUCUUACUCAGUUAUAUAGUUUUAGCUGUAGCCGCGUUCCAUUUUGUGAUAGCGGUGUUUUUCGAAAGAGUGAUAGUGCAGUAUCUUAUGGAAAGGAAAGAGAUGGUACCGAAAUGUUUGAAGGAGAGAAGAGUGAGAAAGACUCCGCAUCUUAUAAUUAAAAGGGAAUUGACAGAUUCGGAUUAUUUAGAAUGUGAUAGUGGCAUAAAAUUUGUGAGAGAGGGGAGCUCGGGCAAAUGAGGCUAAACUAAGUUAUACAAUAUGUAACCGAUCGUACAAAAAUAUUUCUUUGAUGGCUUAGCCAUAUAUUUAAACAAAGAAUUUAAACUGAUAUUAUUAAUUUUCCGCCGUGAGCGCAAGAAACAUUUGUCGUUUUUAUU